AUGACAAAACCCCAUCUUCUUCUUGAUCAACUUCCAGUGGAGCUUAUUUUUAACAUAUUUACCUAUUUAAGCACUGCCGAGAUUCUUCAUUCAUUCUACAGUUUCAGUCGAUACUUACGAAAAUGCAUACGUAACUAUGACGGAUACAAGGUGAAUUUGAAAGCUAUAUCUAAACGUCAAUUUGAUCGAAUCUUUCGAGCAAUUCGUCCCGAUCAAAUAGUAACAUUGACAUUAUGCGAUGAUGAAGAAACACCUGGUCAAAUGUCUCUUUUCUUCACACUCUUUCCUGCAUUCGAACAAAGUUUCAUUCGCUUAGAAUGCCUUCAUAUACGCAAUUUCGAAGCAUGUCCAAUCCUGCAUCCAAUGAACGUUUUACAUACAAUCUCGAUCGAUUUUGUCCAAUGGCCGGUCCAUUCUUUUGGGAUUGCUAACAUCCAAAAGUUCGACGAAAAAUUCGCCAGUAUUUUUCGCCUUCCGACAUUACGUACAUUGAUUUUAAACAAGGAGUCAGUCAAUAAUCGGUUUAACAUACAAAUCCUACCCACGAAUGAGAAUAUUACUCAAUUUGAAAUUCAUUUACGAACAAUCGAUAAUCUUUCGUUACUUUUCAAAUGUUUUCCGAAUAUUCAGCGAUUAACAUUCAGUUUAAAUACAACCUCAGUUGACGAUGAUUUUACUUCAGAAUUUCGUAUUCCUCGUUCAUUGACUCAUUUAACGAUGAAAGUCAGUUUUGGUCUGCGAGAUGAAAUCAAACGAAUUCUUCAAUCAUGCCCGAUGUUAAUCUAUCUGAAUAUUCAUAUUGAGUGGAAACAAACGGAUACUCUGCAAUGGCUCGAUGCUGACUGGUGGCAAUCGAUCGUCGAAGAAUUUCUACCUCGACUGGAAAUCUUUCGUUUACAGGUCGAUAUUCCAUCUUCACCAGAAUUGAACAUCACGAACGAUUCGCUAAAAGGUUUUCAAACACAGUUUUGGACAAAUCGAUCGUUUACUAUCGGUAUGAUGCCAUUCGACCCAUUAUCCGUCGAUUGCCGACGAGAAACGAUAGAAAAUAAAGUUCUGACGAUUAACCUAGCCUCUUCACCGAUGAUUACUUUCCCAAAUGCGGAAAUAUUGAAAUUAGAACAUGUCACGAAUUCUGAGACUACGUGUUAUGUCAUCUCACAAUUGGUAGAAAUACAAAGAUAUAUGAAUGACUUUUCGAUUCUCGAACAUUUGAUACUGCAAAGUGCUUGUGCUGUUACAUCUUCUGUAUUAACUCAAUUGAUUAACGUUUCACCAUGUUUGACUCGUUUGACUAUUUCAUCAUUCAACUCGCAGUUACAUCCAUUGUUGAAUUCGAAAUAUCCUCAGAUACGUUGGCUUGACAUGAGACGUGAAUACUUACCGAAGAAAUUUCGAACGAGUUUAUGCUCCGCAUUUCCUUGUCUCGAACAUCUGAUGAAUUGUUAUCUUUACGACGAAGUUUAUUUAGAAAUUCUCAUCGAAAAUUUGAAAGAUUUACAAAAUUUAACAACACGUAUCCUAUCAUAUUACUUCGAGGACGAUGGAGAACUCGAUCACUGGCUACGAACUCACACUCGGCUGAAAAAUUUUGCUUUUAAAUUAAUUGAUCACCGACAAAUACUUCUAUGGAUUAGUAAUUAA